AUGGCACCCUUACCUCCGGAGAGAUGUAACCUAUCUCUACCCUUUCAAAUAACAAGUAUUGAUUUUGCUGGCCCGUUUGAAUUGAAGACAUCCUCAUUAAGAAAAUCACCCUAUGUUAAAGGUUACGUCAGUGUUUUCGUUUGUUUCAGCACGAAAGCCAUACAUCUAGAACCCUGCUCAGAUCUUUCCUCUGCUGCUUUUGAGGCCGCAUUUAGUCGUUUCGUUGGGAGGCGAGGCCUACCCCAAAGAGUAGUAACUGAUAAUGGCAGAAAUUUUCUCGGUUGCAGUAGAGCACUUGAACUCGAAUUUUCAGCUUUCGUUGAACAGGCAGCUCACGACAUAGCUCAGAAAUAUAUCACUCACGGGUUCGAAUGGAAAUUUAUACCACCGCACGCUCCACACAUGGGCGGCUUAUGGGAAGCCGCCGUAAAAAGCUUUAAAUUUCACUUUAAACGAGUUGCGGGGCCCCAUAAAUUCACUUAUGAAGAAUUAGCUACUGUUUUAGCUCGAAUUGAGGGAGUACUUAACUCUCGUCCCAUAUCUGCACUAUCUGAAGAUCCCACAGAUCUGACAGCAUUGACUCCAGGCCACUUUUUAAGAGGCGCUCCCAUAAUAGCGUUCCCAGAACAAAGCUUUCAGGAUAUGUCUCUUAUAAACCGAUGGGAAAAAUUGAAGGCAAUUCACCAUCAAUGUUCCAUACGAUGGAAAGAAGACUAUCUCAAGUCUCUACAUAAGCGCUAUAAAUGGAAGAACGCUGCUCCAAACAUUCAUGUUGGUGACCUAGUAGUUGUAAUAGAUGAUUUAUUACCACCCCACGAAUGGCGUUUAGGAAGGAUUGAGAAAACGUUCCCAGGGUCAGACAACAAUAUACGAUCAACCGAAGGCUCGAAACCACCCGUCCAACUCCAAACCGUCGAAGUCAAGCGAGCAACAGUGCCAGGAGGCGUGAUCCAGAGAUCUAUAAAUGUGCGUUGUGCAACCGUUUUCACGCGCUGCGAUUCUGCCGUAAGUUCCUGA